UAUAGACCCAUUAUCUCCGGAUUUUAAGGGGGCAUUUGGAGAUCAAGUUGUGGAGGAGAAUGUGGAGAGUCCUUUUGGCACUAUACGCUGCACCAUGACUGGUAUCCCCAGGGAUAACCGACCAGUCAUCCUCACAUACCACGAUAUUGGACUGAACCACAAAUCGUGCUUCGACUCUUUCUUCCAUCAUGAGGACAUGCGGGAAAUUAUGUGCCACUUUGCUGUGUGUCAACUCAGUGCUCCCGGGCAACAUGAGGGUGCCAGCACCUUCCCUGCAGGGCGAGUAUUCAAAUAUCCCUCAAUGGACCAGCUCUCCGAGACCCUCCCUAUUGUGCUCAAGCAUUUUAACAUCAAGAGUGUUAUUGGAAUGGCCGUUGGAGCAGGAGCAAACAUCCUCACACGGUUCACUCUGAAGUACCCAGACCUGGUCGAGGGCCUUAUUCUGAUUAACAUUAAUGCUCAGGCAGAAGGCUGGGCAGACCGGGCAGCAUACAAGAUUUCCAGAUGGGCCCUUGGUCUCCCUGAUACAGUCAUCUCCCACCUGUUCAGACAGGAGGAGAUUAAGAAGAAGGCAGAAUUUAUAGGGACAUUUCGUAACAACAUCACAAAUAGGAUUAACCAGACCAACCUUCUACAUUUCAUGAAGUCCUACUACAGACGAAGUAACCUGAAAAUUGAGAGAACGUCUCCAGGUGGAAUCACUCCUAUGAAGACUCUAAAGUGUCACACUCUCCUGGUGGUAGGAGAUAACUCUCCUGCGGUUGAUGCUGUGGUUGAGUGCAAUUCCAGAAUGGAUCCCACAAAAACAACCCUCCUCAAAAUGGCUGACUGUGGAGGCCUACCUCAGUUUGAUCAGCCUGGCAAGCUGGCAGAAGCCUUGAAAUAUUUCAUCCAAGGACUGGGCUACAUGUCCUCUGCAGGCAUGACACGCCUGUCUCGUGACUGCACCUCCUUCACCACCAGCGUGGCAUCCUUCUGGCCUCGGUCCUACACCAUCAGGACCGAGGAGAGCACCUCCAAGAGUGUCAUGGCUGAGGACGAGACCCUCCUCCCAAGUGUUCCACUAAAGGGCUGAGAUGUUCUAACACAGCCUCACCCUUCUCCCCAUAUGCCCAGGGCUAUCUCACCGUUCUCAUGCUCAGUUCUGCUACAUUUCAAAUUUUAAAAAUGCCCCAAAUUAAGGGACCGUUGCUGUGUAGAGUUUGUGUGUCAGUGUCCCAGUAGACUAAUUUAGUCUUGCACAAAAGGAAAAAAGAAAAAAACAAUAAAAAGCUGUUUAAAGUGUUUU